UUGCGUCUGGGGCUUUCCCAGUUACGUGCCAACCGAGCCACCACUCGGUUGGUUACAAGUAUUUCUGGUAUCAUAGCCGAACGCCUCAUUUUUCCUGAUCAACGAUCGCGAAGUGUAAAUGUAAAAUCAACGACGGAUUCUACUUCGGUUUAAAGUAUCUUUUUCUGUAAAACGUUAUUGUCGUCUAGAUUCCUCCAACUCCAAGCGAACUCGAUGACAAACUCCGCUGUCGAUCCUCCCCGCCAUAUUUUUUUUUUUGGCAAAAUUGUGCAAGUUUCAAUCAAAGCUGCAGAGCCAUUCAAAUAUUCGUGGACAUAGAGUUUUUGAUUCUUCAUUACGGUCGUUUUCGCCUGCCUUCCUCCUCCUCCUCCUCCUCCUCCUCCCCCUAUUCUCUAGUCUGUACUUGCGAUUAGCUUGGUCCGUUCAUGGUGUUCCCAAGCUCUGACUCAUCAAAAGCCCUAGUAGUACUUUGGUAACUUCUGUAGGGUAGUACUGCCAUGGUGCAACCAUGCUGACAAUGCAUGCUUCCCGAGCAAUCACCAAAUGGAAGACAAACUGGGAAACUAACGUAUUGCGAGAACCUUCUACUUGUAACAUUUUACAUAUCAAUCUUUUGAUCAAUGGGAAUCAUCACAAUCAAGGGUUUUAUAUUUCCACUUCUCCUUGGAAAUGCGGUGGCCAAAUUAAGGGCAGUUCUCCAUCAAAUAUAUCAAACCUAGCAACUUUGAAGAGACGGCUGAUGCAUGUCUCUGCUUCAUCAGAUGAUGAAUAUCGCUCAUCCCGCAAUAUAGCAGUCAGCUUAUUUAGGAGGUACAGGAACGUCAUUGAGCGCGGAGGAGGUGACAACCUAAAAGAGUUCAUUAGUGCUGGAGUAAAUGCAUAUGCGCUGGGCUGCACUGAUGAGGGACUGAGAAAAGAACUUAUUGAUAUGAGGGAAUCUGGUGUUGAAAUAGAAGCAAUGCAAACUUAUGGUGGAAACACCGGUUUGAAAUCCAAAAUUUUCUCCGAGGAGGUGGAUGAGUGCAUUCUGUGGGUGAGCAUUAUAUUCAUCACCAUUUUAUGUACACCGCAGCCAACCAUUGUGAGAUGGUCAUCUACACCUCCAGUCUCUGCUGAUAUCAUGGUGCAAUGGAAAGGCUUUUGUGCCCUUAUAGCAAAUGCAUACUAUAUGAAAGGAAUGGCAUGGCUUCCAGUGAAGACUCUUCAACUAGAACAAAUGGCAGUAAUUGGACGUGCCGAGGAGCCAUCAGUUGUUGCUAGCCGAAUGCGAUUAGUAUUUAGCACAUUAGAGGUGGUAAGUCCUCAAUGGCCAAGAGUUUAGUUAAAUCUAGAUGCUUCACUUGUUCACUAUUAAAGAAAUUGUUUUAGCCAAGGUGGUGAGUCCUCAAUGGCAGAGAGUUUAGUUAAAUCCAAGUACCUCACUAUUAAAGAAAUUGUAUUGCAUUGGACUUUUUCAUCGUAUCCGUGUGAUUGUAAAUCUGCAUUUUAGAAACUACAGCUUACUAGAAUUUGAUGUAAAGAAAGGAUGGUGAAGAUGAAAGUUAUGUGAAAAAUAAAGACACGCUUUCAUAUUCUA